CCCUGAGGAAGCCAGAAGCUCUCCCCAGCAAGCUGAGAAGUACAUUUCGAACCCCGGACCUGAGGAAGAUGCUGCGAGUGUAUAGAGAGCUGACAGAUGUGCAGAGCUAUUGGGGUAAGUAGAGACUCGACCUCUUUGAGCUGACACAUGCGUUCCCCUUUCACGUGCUCCUCCCUGGACCUACCCACACACGCACAGGUCUGCGGCGUCAAAGCCCCCGCCACGGCAUCCCAGUUCCUCCAGCCACUUCCCGUGUCCCCUGUUCUCAAUGUCACGACACCCACAUACCCAUUCUCAUCUGCUGUUGUUGUACUUCUUCCCGCAGUGGACGUGACUCUGAACCCAGACACGGCCAAUUUAAAUCUUGUCCUGUCUAGAAACCGGAGACAAGUGAGAUUCGUGGGUGCUAAGGCAUCUGAGCCUUCCUGUCCGGAAGAGCAUUAUGACUGUAGUGUCCUGGGCAUGCAGUACUUCUCCUCAGGAAGGCAUUACUGGGAGGUGGAUGUGGCCAAGAAGACCACCUGGUUCCUGGGCGUGUGCAGCAAUUCAGUGGGGCCCACCUCCUCUUCCAAGCAGUAUGCUAAACAUCCCAACACUUACUCGCGAUACCAGCCUCAGAGUGGGUACUGGGUGAUCGGGCUCCAGCACAAACACGUGUACAGGGCCUACGAGGACUCCACCGCGGCCCUGCUGCUCUCCAUGACGGUGCGCCCUCGCCGGAUUGGGGUUUUCUUAGACUAUGAGGCUGGCACUGUCUCCUUUUAUAAUGUCACGAACCAUGGCUUCCCCAUCUACACUUUCUCUAAAUAUUACUUCCCCACCACCCUGUGCCCGUAUUUUAAUCCUUGCGACUGUGUAGUUCCCAUGACCCUGCGUGGCCCAAGCUUUUGAACGUUCUGCUGUCUGCUGUCCCCACCAACCUGAGCAGUACCCUUCACCCUGCGGCCUGUCUGCACGUGGUCCUCCUUUCUGAUCUCCUAUUUUCGUGUUCUCACUUCUUCCCUUUUGAACAUUUAUUUACUCAGUAUUAGGAUGUGCCCAGUGGUGACAGUGAGCAUCCUUGACUAAUUACAGACCUUGCCGUGGGUAGGGGAGGAGCUUUUCAACAUUUUGCCAUCAACCAUGGCAUUCAAUGGAGGUUUUUAGUUGACGUAGGAGAUCAAAGAAAAUUCUCUUAUUAAUUUGCUGUGAGUUUUUGUACUGAAUGAAAAGUUGAAUUCCACAGAUUUUUUUCCUAUAAUUAUUGA